AUGGCUCAGGAGACCAAUCAGACGCAAGUGCCAAUGCUUUGCACUAUGGGAUGUGGUUUCUACGGUAACCCCCGCACCAAUGGCAUGUGCUCUGUUUGCUACAAGGAACAUCUGCAGAGACAACAGGGAGGGGGGCGGUCCAGCCCCCCAGGAGAAAAAGCUGCUACAUCGCCUUCAGGAUCGCCGGGAUCAGCCGGUGUCACCGUGGAGGGAACAACUUCAGAGCUCAGUACAGAAGUAGCUGGAACUCCACCCGAGGAACAGUCGAAUAGUCCCAGCUCUCCGAGCCCCGUAACUCAACAAAUGACGGCUAUGAGCAUCUCCCAGGAUUCAGGAACGGUAGACUCUGAUCGACCCGAGGCCGAGGAAGGAGAAGAGGAGGGUACUUCCAACAGCACAGAGCCAGUGGGCGAAGCAGCGCAGGCCUCUUCUGAUGGUGAGCAAACUCCAGACAAGAACAAGAAAAAGAACCGCUGCUUUUCUUGCCGGAAGAAAGUGGGCCUUACCGGUGAGUGGGGGGGGCGAUUGUUGCUCGAUUUGAUGUUGACUGGUGAACUCCUCUAA